AUGACGGUUCCGAUAGCGAUGCAGUCCACGCCGGGAAGUUCAGGUUACUUGGAUAUGCAUCCUGACCGUAAGAUGUCCUUUUUCAAGAACCCUUACAUUCUCGGUCUCGCCGCUGUCGCCGGGAUCGGUGGUCUUCUCUUCGGUUACGAUACCGGUGUUAUAUCUGGAGCUCUUUUGUAUAUCAAAGAUGAUUUUGAGGAAGUCAGAAACAGUAGUUUUCUACAGGAAACUAUUGUUAGCAUGGCAAUUGCUGGUGCAAUUGUUGGUGCAGCAUUUGGUGGUUGGAUUAAUGACACUUACGGAAGAAAGAAGGCCACACUCUUAGCUGAUGUUAUCUUCAUUCUUGGAGCAAUUCUCAUGGCCGCCGCACCUGAUCCUUAUGUUCUCAUUGUCGGACGUCUUCUCGUUGGUAUGGGCGUGGGCAUAGCUUCUGUUACUGCUCCUGUCUAUAUUGCAGAAGCAGCACCUUCUGAAAUUAGAGGUUCAUUAGUCAGCACCAAUGUUCUCAUGAUUACUGGUGGACAGUUUAUUUCCUAUCUUGUUAAUCUUGCUUUCACUGAGGUUCCCGGGACAUGGCGAUGGAUGCUUGGUAUUUCAGCUGUGCCUGCAAUUAUUCAGUUUGUUCUCAUGCUCUUCCUCCCCGAAUCCCCAAGAUGGUUAUUUUUAAAGAAUAGGAAAAACGAAGCUGUCGAUGUAAUUUCUAAGAUCUAUGACUUGUCUCGCUUAGAGGAUGAAAUUGACUUCCUAACUGCUCAAUCCGAACAAGAGCGCCAAAAAAGGAGUACUAUCAAAUUCUGGCAUGUUUUCAGAUCAAAAGAAACCAGACUGGCUUUCCUUGUUGGAGGAGGACUUCUGGCUUUUCAGCAGCUUACAGGUAUAAACACGGUCAUGUACUACAGUCCAACAAUUGUUCAAAUGGCUGGCUUCGAGGCCAAUAAGUUGGCUCUUCUUCUGUCCCUCAUUGUUGCUGGCAUGAACGCUGUCGGAUCAGUUCUCGGCAUUUACCUUAUUGACAAUACAGGGCGGAAAAAACUCGCCCUUUUCAGUCUGGGAGGAGUAUUUGUUUCCCUUAUAAUGUUGUCCCUAGCAUUUUAUAAGCAGUCAUCAUCUUCAAAUGCAGUGUAUGGAUGGCUCGCAGUUAUCGCUCUAGGCCUUUAUAUUGGUUUUUUCUCGCCCGGAAUGGGGCCGGUGCCGUGGACUGUGAACUCUGAGAUAUAUCCUGAAGAAUAUCGAGGUAUAUGCGGGGGCAUGGCAGCUACAGUGAAUUGGAUUUCAAAUUUGAUUGUGUCAGAGAGCUUUCUUUCGAUUGCUGACAGUAUUGGUAUUGCUCCAACGUUCUUGAUUAUUGCUGGUAUAGCUGUGGUGGCAUUUUUGUUUGUACUUCUGUAUGUUCCAGAAACCCAAGGGUUGACAUUUGAUGAAGUGGAGUUAAUAUGGAAGGAGAGAGCUUGGGGCAAGAACCCAAACACACAGAGCCUUCUUGAACAUGGAAGUCAAUCAUAA